UAUAUUUAUCCAAUUCCUUAUGAAAUGACUAUUAAAGAUUUUUUUAUAAAACUUACAACUAGAGAACUAUCCUCUGAGUAUGAUAUUGAUAUCAUCGAUCUGGAAGCAAUAGAGUGUAUUGAAAUAAACAAGAUACAGGUUGCAGCUACAAUCCAAGUUAGCUCUAACUGUAAUAUUUUAGAAGUUACAACAAAUAAUGUACACCGAACCAAAUUGUAUUUUCCAAACUUCUCCCAAUUAGAAAAAUCAAAUCGCAAGCUAAACUUGCGUGAUGAUAUUGUUGAUUGGAUUCAGCAUCAUGAUAGAGGACAAAGAAUGCAUUAUAUACAAGGUUUGUCUUGUGCAUUCUCCUUCAAAAUUGGAGAGUAUCGAUUCAACAUAGGGAAUAAUGCUUUUAAUGCAAUCUCAAUAUGGAAAAUCAAUGAAGAAGCUAAUGAAGAGAAGAUUUUACAAGAAAAUAAACGAAUCAUAAGUAAACUGCAAGAAGAUGCACCCUGUUACCACACUCGAGCAAUAAGAAUAAGCUAUUUGCGUACCUGUGAAUUGCUUCUCCUAAAGGCUAAGCUUUCAUCUCUUCAGACAAUUUAUAGGAUGCUAACUAGUGAUAUUUCUGCAGCUGAGACUAUGGAUCAAGCAAAGGUUAAUAAGCGUGUUAGAAUUACUUUAGAUCUCAGAGAUCCAGAAAUAGCAGAAGUUGCAGCUCAGUUUCUUGAAGGAAAAGCAGCUGAUGCCAUUACUGCAGUGGAUAAAUGCAGGCAUGACCCAAUAGUACAUCUUGAGACUGCAAUAUCAGUGAAUGAUCUUUUGCAUCAAAUUAAAAAGAAAUAUCCAACUAGAAUACUAAUACCUAAUACUCAUUAUGCAUCUGCAAUAUUUCAUUACAAAAAAGAAUUUGCUCCUGAAUUUCCUGUAGCUGCAGUUGAAAGAGGAAAGAAAGUUGUAGUUAGUAGAAAUACUAUAUUUGCAGUUGCUAACCAUGAUUACACUAAAACGGGUAUUAUACCAAGUGUAACAAUGAUAUGUAAUAUACCUGAAUCAAUAAAUAGUGAUUUCUAUGCAGGCAAA